GGCAUAGAAAAAGCAGAGAGAGAGAGAGAGAGAGAGAUUGAAAAUUUGAAGCCCUCACAAUGAAUGGAAGUGUAAGAGAAGAGUGUCAGGAUAUGGAGGAAUGUAAAGAAGCGAUGGUGUAUAUGUGGGGAUAUAUACCGGGAGCUUCGCCGGAGAAAUCUCCGAUACUUUCUCCGGUUCCGGUUCGGCUUCCGGAAGGCGGUGUAGAAGCGUGGAAGGAUGUUUGUGGUGGUGGUUGUGGAUUCUCAAUGGCCAUCUCUGAGACGGGGAAGCUCAUAACGUGGGGCUCGGCAAACGAUGAAGUUCAAAGCUAUUUGACUUCAGGGAAGCAUGGGGAAACUCCAGAGCCUUUUCCUCUCCCCACUGAGGCUGCUGUGGUGAAGGCAGCUGCUGGUUGGGCCCAUUGUGUUUCAGUCACAGAAACAGGUGGCGUAUACACUUGGGGCUGGAAGGAGUGUGUUCCCUCUGAAACAUUUGUGCAUGAUUUGGUUAUUGGGGGAAGUUUACAAAAGGAUACUACUGGGAAACAGAAUUCACAACUAAAUGACCAAUCAAGUGCAAAGGAUCAACACUCAAAUAUGACUGGUGGCACAAUAUCUCAUGUUGAUAAGAAACAGAUGGGAGAGGAAAUUGGGAAGCGGAGGAAAAUAUCACUAGUGAAGCAAGAAUCUGAUAGCUAUGGGGAUGAUUUUUUCACAGCAUCGCCAUGCCUGGUGAAUUUGGGUGAUGGAGUCAGGAUCAUCACUGUUGCUGCUGGUGGGCGCCACACAUUAGCUCUGUCAGAUGUGGGACAGGUGUGGGGUUGGGGCUAUGGAGGCGAAGGGCAGCUAGGUUUGGGCAUUCGGGUAAAGACGGUGGCUACUCCUCACAUCAUAAAAUGUAUCGAGCAGUCUGCUUCAGGGAAAGAAAGCAUGAGUUCAUCAACAGAGGUUUCUAAGGUUCUUGGAAGCUGCGUGAAAGGAAUUGCUUGUGGAGGUCGGCAUAGUGCAGUGAUAACAGAUGCUGGGAGACUACUUACAUUUGGCUGGGGGCUUCAUGGACAGUGUGGGCAAGGAAGUACAGAUGACCAGCUCAGGCCAACUUAUGUCUCUUCUUUAUCGGGUAUCCAAGUGGAAAGAGUUGCUGCUGGACUCUGGCAUACCAUAUGUAUCUCUGCCGAAGGUCGUGCAUAUGCCUUCGGUGGGAAUCAGUUUGGACAGUUGGGUACUGAAGGUGACCAGGACGAGGUUGUCUUUCUCGAGAAUCACUUAAGAGGAUAUUAUCAUAUAACAAGCUAAAGGAUUCCUUCUUCUGCUUCAGAGUCUACCUAAGCUUUUGGAAGCUCUAAGUCUCAAGAGUAAGCAUGCCAAAAUAGUAUCUUGUGGCGCUCGACACAGUGCUGUACUAACAGGUUUGAUUUUUUCCAACUGCAACAAAGUGGCUUGAACAAGUCAGUUAUAUUAUGCUUGAUCGAUAAAAGAAAGAAAUCGAGUGGAAAAUAAAAUUAGAGAGGAAAUCAGACUGAUAUCCUGUAAGGUUACCAUGUCCUCCUGCAUGCAUAGGUUAUCACAAUGAGUGAUAGGAAUAGCAUCAUGCUGACAGCUGGAAAUAAACAUAAGAUUUACUUGUCAAAAAUAAAUAAACGUGCUAUCUCUCACUUGGAGUGUCUGUCUGGAUUCCUGAACGAUUAGUCUCAUGCAAGUUCUCUAGCCAAAUAUGAGGUUAAACAAAGCCCGAUAUUAAAAGACUUAUACUGUGAUAUGUGUUUGUGUUUCUUGAAGAGGACGGCCAACUAUUCAGCUGGGGAUGGAAUAAAUAUGGCCA